UCCUGGGCAGGCAGCUGGACCAACAGACAGACGCCAUGAGGGCUCUACUGCUCCUGGGGUCCCUGUUGGUGAGCCUGGAGUCUGCGCUUUCGAUUCCACCACCUUGGAAAGCCCCCAAGGAGCACAAGCACAGAGAAGAGCAGCUCACAGUGGGUCUUACUGUCACUGGAGAGCCCUGCCACUUCCCUUUCCAGUACCACCGGCAGCUGUACCAUACAUGUAUCCACAAGGGCCGACCUGGCCCCCGGCCCUGGUGUGCCACCACUCCCAACUUUGAUCAGGACCAGCAAUGGGCAUACUGCCUGGAGCCUGGGAAAGUAAAAGACCACUGCAGCAAACACAACCCCUGCCAGAAAGGAGGGAUCUGUGUGAACACACCGAACAGGCCCCACUGCCUCUGUCCUGAACACCUCACUGGGAAGCACUGCCAGAGAGAGAAAUGCUUUGAGCCUCAGUUUCUCCAAUUCUUCCAUGAGAAUGAAAUAUGGCUUAGAAAUGCACCAGCUGGUGUGGUCAGAUGCCACUGCAAGGGUCCUGAUGCUCACUGCAAGCCAAUAGCCAGCAGGGAAUGCCGCACCAAUCCAUGCCUCAAUGAGGGACGCUGCCUCGAGGUGGAGGGUCACCACCUGUGCCACUGCCCGAUGGGCUAUACUGGACCCUUCUGUGACAUUGACAAGGAAGCGAACUGCUAUGAAGGCCGGGGUCUCGGUUACCGCGGCCAGGCCAGGACCACGAUCUCUGGCGCCCAGUGUCAGCGGUGGGCCUCGGAGGCCACCUACCGGAACAUCACUGCAGAGCAAGCGCUGAACAAGGGACUGGGCCACCACGCUUUCUGCCGGAACCCGGAUAAUGACACCCGCCCGUGGUGCUUUGUCUGGAUGGGCAACCGGCUGAGCUGGGAGUAUUGUGACCUGCCACAGUGCCAGCGCCCACCUCAGCCAGCAUCUACACCCCGUGUUCCCCUUGAACGUCAGGAGUUGCCCAGACCCGGGCUUUCAGUAUUGCAGAUGCCUCAGCCCACGACCCAGAACCCAGCCUUGGAGCGUGAAAUGCCCGGGACUGGCCAGGUCCUCUGCGGACAGCGGCUCCGGAAGCGGUUGUCCUCUCUGAGGCGUAUCGUUGGCGGACUAGUGGCGCUGCCUGGGGCGCACCCCUACAUCGCUGCGGUGUACUGGGGCCACAAUUUCUGCUCCGGCAGCCUCAUCGCCUCCUGCUGGGUGCUGACUGCGGCCCACUGCCUGCAGAACCGUCCAGCGCCCGAGGAGCUGACGGUGGUGCUCGGUCAGGACCGCCACAAUCAGAGCUGUGAGCACUGCCAGACACUGGCUGUGCGCUCCUACCGCCUCCACGAAGCCUUCUCACCCAUCACCUAUCAGCACGACCUGGCUCUGCUGCGCCUGCAAGAAAGCUCGGAUGGCAGCUGCGCACAACUGUCGCCUCAUGUGCAGCCGGUGUGCCUGCCCAACGCCGCCGCCCCACCCUCCGAAUCCGAGGAUGCGCUCUGUGAGGUGGCUGGCUGGGGCCACCAGUUCGAGGGAGCGGAGGAAUAUUCCACCUUCCUGCAGGAGGCACAGGUGCCCUUCAUCUCCUUGGAGCGCUGCUCCACCCGCGAAGUGCAUGGAGACGCCAUUCUUCCUGGGAUGCUGUGCGCCGGCUUCCUUGAGGGCGGCACAGACGCGUGCCAGGGUGACUCAGGGGGCCCUCUGGUGUGUGAGGAUGAAGCAGCAGAAAACCGACUCACCCUUCGAGGCAUCAUCAGCUGGGGCUCAGGCUGUGGUGAUCGCAACAAGCCCGGUGUCUAUACUGAUGUGGCCCAAUACCUGACUUGGAUCCAGAAUCACACAGCUUCCUGAUUGCCAGAGGACUGGUUUUUCCCUCCUGGGCGAUUCCAGCUGGUGAAGAUGUCUGGGGCAUGAUCCUAGGUAGCAAAGAUUGUGUCCUGUUCCUCCCAGUAUCACUAGCCACAUGCAGGGGUCGGGGAACUCAAUAAAGUGCUUUGCAAAUACUUC